UUGGACUGCUCGAUAUGAAGACUAUGACACAGUUGGUGAGUCCAUCGUUGAGUUUCUGGGUCACAGGAUCGAUGGUGAUGGCAUCAAACCUCUUCCGGAUGAGACCCAAGCGAUCCUAGUCUACUCCAUGCCAGCAUCUGUCAGAAGGCUACGCCGAUUUCUCGGCAUAGUCAAAUACUACGGCAGAUUCAUACCCAACUGUGUAGACAUCCGUUACACUAACAGUCCCAAGAACACUGUUGCUGAUGCAUUAUCGCGUAUAUCUGCCGUACAAGCCAAUGAUCAUGAGCUUAUUCAACUCCGAUCAAAUGACUCACUAAAAUACGUGCAUUUACCAUCCUUACGGAUCAUAAGCCCAUUACUUUGUUUUUUGUGGCUCCUCUGAUCACUUCUCACCUCGAGAAAUUCGUCAGUUGGAUUACAUAUGAAAGUUUGCCGCCGGUAUUCGACACAUUUAUGCAGCUCACAGUGUUGUAGCCCAGGUAUUGUUCGACAUUGGUCUUCACGAGGUUUCGCGCCAAGCAAUCAAGCUAGAAGACAUCGCUACCCAUAAAGAAACAGACCCUGGAUUUGAGCAGUUGAAACCAAAUCCUUCUAUUACACUUUCUCAACUGCCUAUUCUCGACGAGGACUCUCGAAUUUACUGUGAGAUAUCCAACGGAAAAGCCUCGACUAUUCAUUCCGCAAUAAUAUUGACGAGUUGUGUUUGACCACUUGUGUGUGUUAGGUCUCGAGCGACAUACUCCUAGGAAAAUUUCACUGUAUGAGAAGCAAGUCGAUUUGGCGUCACUGAUUCAGACCAAAUCAUGGAACUUGCAUGGAAAAACAGAAUUCCACCCAGAUCAAAGUCAAAUGGGCCCAGCACGGAAACAAAUUGACUUGUUCAGGAAGGACAUGGCUGCUGAAUGCCAGAGACUGAUUAACUUAAAGCAUGAUACCAAAAUGAUUGAAAACGCGGACCCCAGGUGUGAACCGCAAAUUCACCCCACGGCUGUUCGAGGUAAAAAUGUGAGCCAUGCAGUACCCAACCAGAAACCCCCGGCAUCAUGAUAAAACUGUGGUGGAUGGCAUUUCGUGCGAUUCUACUUACAAAAGCGUCUCUGUCAGGAGUGCAAACGUCUGGGUCACAAAGGAAUCACUCUGUCUCACAUUGCACGGUUCUAGGACUGUGUCUACUCCAAAAUUGUACACGAACUCUAACUCAAAAAUACGUCGUUUCUGGGAGCGAAGACAAAAGUAGUUCUCGCGAUCUGUCGCACGGAAUUUGCGGGCAAGCGAAAGUACCUCACCGUCAAAACUAACGAUGUCGAUAUAUCCGUGCAACUGGAUACGGCAUCUGACAUUACCACCAUUUCUCGAUCGUCAUGCAUGAGACUUGGCAAACCUCCACUGAGCCACGCAAAUGUGAUCGCCCAAAAAUGCAUCCGGCUAACCACUGAGGUUAGAUGCUCAAGAAUGUAUGAUGGAUCUGAGGCACAAAUGCAAGUAUAUUAGACCGGUCAAUUUUGAAGAGAUCCAAAAGCUGACGGAAGGAUGCAAAGCACGAUCCCGAGAUUUUGAUACUGAACUUGCUAAAUUAUCCAAAGCAAGAGCUCGAUUGAAAACAGUACAACUGGAAAGCAACCUCGCAAAUAUUUGGAGAGAGGAACACAGAGCAUUGCGAAAAGAAGAGAUUGAAGCAACCAUUUUGAUUCAAGAUCCUUUGUACAAAUGGAUUUUCGCCAACUCAGAGAUUGCCGAACUUACAGAAGAACUUGACGCAGACAGACAAAGGUUCGAGACAGAGUUACUGAAACCUAUAUGGACCUUGAGAAAUGAUCUGAAAACAUGGGUAGAGUGCAAAAAGAAAAAUGUGCAAAUUAUGGAUGAGAGUUCCAUCAAGAAGAUUGUUGAAAAUAUGCAUGGCGCACUGAAACAACUGAACUCUGAUCUAGAAUCUCAGGAGUUUGCUAACAGCGACAGCUGCGAGAGUCAAAAAGCAUUUCAUAUAAACUUGAAAGAAAUAGGCAUACCAGAGGAUGCUUGGCUUUGGGAAACACCUAGUGCGGAAUUACUGGCGGAGUUAUUGGCCGACUUUAUACACCUGGAUGGAAUAUUUCAUAGCAAACUGGAGGAUGUACGCGCAGAAUUCAACGCGCUCCUUUUACAAGGGAACAACCACUGGGAUUCCGACGAACUGGACAAGGUAGAUUAUUUUUGGAACAUGUUUCAACAGCACGCUGCAACCAAGUGCAAAAAUUUAGCCACAAUAUUCCUUGCGCGCCUGUUCGAGCACCGUUCGGCUGAUGAGUUGGACAGUCUAAUGGAACUCUGCGAACGUACCAAACAAUUACGAAAUAGGGCCUGUGACGUUAAACGCUCUUGGAUCAGAGCACGUGAACAAUUGGGUCUUCGGAUUAAAACUUCACUACUGGAAGCCACGAAACGCACGGAACAAAGGCAACUUAAACGAGAACAGCAAAAAGCACAACAAGAAAUCUGUCAUUUAUUGAAGCAUCAGGUAAACAGGUGGAGGCAACACAAGGCUGAAAUUUUGGAGCUGGAAGAACAAGAGCACGUGAAACGAGCAGAAGAAGAGAAGGUUUUACGAAGAGAAAGAGAGAAGAAACGGGCUGCAGAGAGGCAUGUGAUAAAAACAAAGCUUGCGGCUUACAAAUCUUUCAAAGCUGCGGAGAGAACUCGUCAGAAAGAAAACGAAGAACUAAGGCUUGCACUAAUGAGAGAGACUCAUGAAAAACAGGCAAAGAUUGAGUCAGCUCGUCUGUUGGCCGCUGAGAAGACCCGACUAUAUGUAAUGCAACAACAGCGAAAGUUGAACGAAGCGCAAGUGAAGGCAGCUGUGUUGCAAAAUGAACAGCGUUUGGACCGCAUUCGACAGAAGGUUCGCCCCAUCGUCAAAUCCAGUCGUGCUCGUAUCAGAGCCGAAACAAAAUCUUGGAAGAUAAAAUUCCAACAGCGCCAGGAUGGUGACGAAACCACAUCUGCUGUGAGUGAAGGACCGCUUUCGUUUGAACGCCUACCCCACAUCCCGAACACGUUUACCGAUAAACAGCUAUUGUCAGAUCGCCGGACACGACUUGCUGCCGUAUUGAGCUCUGCUGGUUUGUUAAAUACGGACUAUUCUCGAGCCCUGUUAAACUCUCUUCAAUCGGCAUACCAACCUAGGAGGUACGAUCAAAACUCUGAUCAGAUGAGAGAAAUUCUGCAGUCAGUACAGAAGGAAGACUAG